AUGACUGUCGUUGCCGUAGCUGGGGGGACCUCGGGCCUCGGCCGGGCUAUCGUCGAGGAAUUUCGGGAGCAUCCGGAGUUUUCACUAUUCGUCCUUAGUCGUCAGGAAUACCCCGAUCUCGAGAAAGAAUUGGGAUAUCCAAUUCUUGCAAUAGAUUACGAUAAUCCAGAUGAGAUAACGCAAUUGCUCCAGGAUAAGAAUGUAGAGAUAGUGAUAUCCUGCAUCAACUACUUGACCGCACUGCAACCAGAAAUCAACCUGAUCAAAGCAGCGGACCAAGCACAUACUGUUACUAGAUAUAUUCCUAGCAUUUGGGGGAGCUUUCAUUAUGGACCCGAACAGGCACAUAUCCCCGAAAUCAAGCCUAAACUUGUUAUUAUGGACGCCAUGGAAAAAUCCCGGUCUCUGGAGUAUAUGGCAAUCUACAAUGGAUAUUUUCUCGAUUACUACGGCGUCCCUCAUGUGAAAUCAUAUUUGACAAACAUAUGUAUUUGCGUGGACAUGCAAUCAAACGUCGCUGGCAUUCCCGGCUCUGGAGACGUGCCGGUCACCUUUACCUAUACCUUCGAUAUUGCCAAGUUCACCAUUGCCAGCCUAAGCCUGCCAAAAUGGCCGAAAGAGAGCUAUAUAAUUGGAGACAAGGUCACUUGGAACGAAUUCAUUCAGAUCGCAGAGGAAGCGAAGGGUGUUAAAUUCGAGAUCCAUCGGGACUCGCUUGAGGAUUUGAGAGUAGGAAAGAUUACAGAGCUUCCAAACCAGAAGCACGUGUAUGAGUCGUGGCCAAAUGAUCAAGCCAGGAAGCUGUUCUCCCAAUUUGGUCUGUGGUGCGAGGCUGGGAUGCUUGACCAUAGGCCAGCUCAUUCACUGAAUGAUGACUUUCCAGGCAUCAAACCUGUGACAGUGAGAGAGUUUUUAGAAAAAGCUUGGAGAAAAUAG